UCCGCUACGAAGACGCGUUUAAUCUCCUCUAAGAUAAUAAACAACGUCUGGUAAGGUACUGUUAUAACAAAUGGCAUGCAAAUACGCGUAAUGCGUCCUUGUGUAACAUUAUAGACUGUCACAGUCAUAAUCAAAGGCUUGAGUUUUGAUCGGAUUCAUUCAUUUGGUCCCACUUAAUCGGACAAGUGUUCCUUCGCUUUGUUAACUUCAGAGGAUCGGCUUCGAAAGCACACGGUUAAAUCAGUGUUCAUGCCGGACUUUGAGCAUUUCAGAUUUUCCUACUCCAGAAUGAAUCCUGUAUUGGGGGAGAACGUGUAUCCGUUCCAGCAGAACCAGGUGACGGGCUUCGCGGACUCCGCGUCUUCGGGCCACUGGACCGAUCCAGCGGGCCUUUUCUUAAGCGAACACAUGAGUGGCAUCGGGCAAGAUGGGUUGGACCUAGGAGCUUUACCCCCUCCGGGAACACCAUAUCUGCACCUGGGUAACUAUCUCCACCGGGUGUCUCCACCUCCUCCUCCUGCCGCCGCGGCCCUGCGUAACGACCUGGGGUCCAACAUCAGCGUCCUCAAAACUCUGAAUUUGCGCUUCCGCUGCUUUUUAGCCAAAGUACACGAGCUGGAACGCAGGAAUAAAGUAUUGGAAAAGCAGCUGCAACAGGCUUUGGAUGAGAGCGCGGAGUGUGUAGAAAAUAAAAGGCCUUUAACGCGAGAUGUUGGAGUUCAAACCGGCUUUGUUGGAUUGAUUCCUGUCGGGCCCGACUCGAUACCCCUUCAGAACGCGAACGACACCGCAUAUAUGUCCGGAGCCUUGCUUUCACUGACUCUCAAUAACACCAUCCUCCCUCUCGAGUCCAAUAACAGUACAACAAUAGAAAACCUGAACCCAUCCAAUCUGAAGGACUCUAAUUCCAAUCUCACCCCAAAUUUCCCCAUCAGCCCGAUUGAUCCUGCUCCAAAAACAUUCAGCAAUAUUAACGUGAAGUAUGUCAAUACUGGUAUCGGCUGUAGCAGCAACCCUCCACCCAGAUUUCACCCUGACACUGUGUGGUCGUAUAAUCAGAGGUUCAGCACCGGGCGUGAGUGGCGGGUCUCGGGUCUGGGUCCGGGUGUGUCGUCGAGGGUGCCUCCAGUCGGAGUGGGUGUCCAGAUCGACACCAUCACCCCAGAGAUUCGGGCCCUGUACAAUGUGCUCGCCAAGGUAAAGAGGGAGAGAGACGAAUACAAACGGAGAUGGGAAGAGGAAUACACAAUGCGGGUGGAUCUACAGGAAAAAGUUGCAGAGCUUGAAGAGGACCUGCAGGAGAGCGAGGUGUGUCAGGAUGAACUUGCUCUGAGGGUUAAGCAGCUUAAAGCAGAGCUGGUUCUGUUUAAAGGCCUCAUGAGCAAUAAUCACUCUGAUUUGGACAGUAAGAUUCAGGAGAAGGCCAUGAAAGUGGACAUGGACAUCUGUCGCAGGAUUGACAUCACGGCUCGUCUGUGUGAUGUAGCCCAGCAGAGAAACUGUGAAGACAUGAUUCAGAUCUUCCAGCAAGUAGCCACACCUCCGUCAACCUUGACCCGCCGUCCUCGAAAACCAGCAGCACAGACAGUCAGGGGGAAUGAGAGCGAUGAACCAGCAAGCAUCUCUGAAAGUGAGGAGAGUGGGAAUAAGGAGGUGGAGCUUUGUUGCUCAUCAGCCAAUCAGAUCAAUGAGGAGAUGCAGAGAAUGCUCAACCAAUUGCGUGAGUGUGAGUUUGAGGAUGACUGUGACAGUCUUGCGUGGGAAGAGACUGAGGAAACUCUGUUACUCUGGGAAGAUUUUCCAGGAUACACCUUCAGUGUUGAGAACCAAGGAGAACAGGAGGAGUCCAUAGAGAAAGUGAUAAAUGACACAGAGUCCCUUUUCAAGUCGCGUGAAAAGGAAUAUCAAGACACCAUUGACCAAAUUGAGUUGGAGUUGACAACUGCUAAGUCGGAUAUGAACAGGCAUUUGCAUGAGUAUAUGGAGAUGUGCAGCAUGAAAAGAGGCCUGGAUGUUCAGAUGGAGACCUGCAGACGAUUAAUCACUCAGAGUGGAGACAGAAAAUUCCCUCUUCUUGUUUCGGGUGCUGUGGAGGAAGGAGAGAAUGCGGAGAAGGAGAGGAAAAAAGCAACUGCGGCAAAUUCUGACAGCACUGACCCGUAUUAUGACUUGCAGUCGAACUCUGCUGUCCCGGACCACACAUGGAAAAAGGCUUAGGAGCAUUUAUAUCCCUCCAGCACCACAGAAAUAGCUGCAAUUAUAAACGUAUGGUGGUUGUCAUUUCAUAACAGAGACUGUGAUGCUGCAGCAAGAAUCCACAGUAAAUGGGUUAUAUAGUUACCUUCUGAAAGGCAAGUAAAUAUGUGUGGUUUCACUAGUGCCCUCUAUUGGAAUACACCGUUAAUAGUCAAAAAGAUCCAUUAUUUGCCCUUCCAGCAUGUAGCAUUAUAUUAAUUCUGGCCAAAAAUGUGAGGCUGGAUGUGAUAUCACUCUUUCUAGAUUACAUCAUUUUAUUUAUUUUAUGCAGAUAAACACCAGGGUCAUUCCUGUUAUGUAGUACCUUUUGAACGCUGUAAUUUGUCAUUUAAGGAAGAUAUUUAAAUGAGGACUUUAAAGAAUAUGUUCUAGUUAAGAAGGCACCUCAUUAUAAUAUGAUGUAAUUUCCUGGAAAAUGAUGUCAAAAAGAAACUGGCAUUUGUUUGAUGAUUGGAAGAAAAAAAACGUUUUGUUUGCAACAUUUUGAAUGGAGAAGGAAAACAGUUAAGGAAACACCUGAAAUGUUUCUGAAUUACCAUUGUAUCAUCACGUUUUACUUAAAAUUACAUAGGAAACUAUAUGAAUUUUACUAAAUUAACUAAAAAGAAUUUAACAUUAGAAUUGCUAGUUUAUAUAUAGUAUAGCAAACACAAGGCACUUUUUACAAGUUGUUUUUUUCCCCUAAAUUUUUUUUUCCCAAUUAACCACAACAAUAGGGGUUUUUUUAACCUUGUAUACUCAAAUAAUAAGUGCAAGUUAUUAAUUUUUGAACAAGCACUUAGCAGUUUAUGCAUCAGCUCCCAGUGAUGCCAGCGAUAUGAUGUGAUAUUUAAAUAGGCCUGCAGGCAACUUUUUGCAGCUCUGAGUGGAGAUCAUUUUGGGACCAGUAUUUAGUGCUCAACACUUUGGCGUGAAGUGCACACUGAAGUGAAGUGUGUGGGUGUCUGCUUUCAUUUUCUUAUUUAUUCUGUGAUUUUGGGCCGUGGGUGAAGGCCAGAUGACUAAUCAUUGGCCUUGUUAUUUGUGUUUCUUGGUUGAAGAUGUCUAAAUCUUUAGCAUUGUGUCAUUAUGCACUGUAACCUGAUCGCUUAGCCUCAGUCAAUGUCUUUAGCCAGUUAGUAACAUUAACAUUAGUCAAAUACAGAUGCUUAAGUGAAUUUAAUUAGAUUCACUCUUUGAGGGCCAGGUUACAAAAACAGUUUACAAAGGUCAUUCUCAAAAUGCAUCUGGCUCAAAAAAACAGAAAUGGCAAGUGACGUCAGUGUAAAUAAAAAGCCAAAACAAAUCGGUUAGUUAGGUCAAAAAAGUCAAUAUGAGAGUCAUUAUGCACUUAUGCAUAAGUGAUGACUGAACAUGUUAAGUGCUGCUGAGGGCGAUGUAUUCCACAUUAUUCCACUCUCCAUCUGAACUUCUCCUAAGCUAUUUAUCUAUUUAUUUAUUUGAAUAAAAGGGAUCUCAAUAUUUAUUUCACAAUUUUAGCCAAAGCAAUUCAAGACUUCAGAGUCCGAAAGAGCAGUUUAAAUUGAAGGACUAACUGGAUUUACUUUUGUUUCUUUUUUUUUUAUUGUAAUCCCAACAAAUCACUUACUGAAGAAACUUAACAUUCAUAAAUCUAAUUAUGAGUCAGCAUGCUGGAUAUACCUGUCGUUUGUUUGCUUUAUCUUGUGUUUUGUUUCUAUAUUUAUCAAGCUAUCAGUGCUUUACUGAUAAUUACUGGCUAAACAAACUGUAAAGGAAAAGCUCAACUAACAUAUUUGUAUAUCAAGGUGCUUGGGGGAUUUUUAAAAAGUCUGGACUGGCUGGUUUUGAAAGUUUAUUGUAUUAUUGUAUAUAAUUGAAGGCACUUGCUGAGGCGUUUACUGGCACAUCUGCUUCACAAGCUUCAUAAUAAUACUAAUAAUGUCUGUCUGCUUAACUCUCAUUAGCAGCAACAUGUAAUAGUUGUAGAUAUUUUCUUGUAGAUGUCAACCAUGGAAACAACAGAGCUUCUUCUGUGAUUAUUCAGUCAUAGCCUACAGUAAAUGACCAUGUCAACUCAUGCAGCAGUGUAGCUUUGAUUAACAUGAAUGUAAGCAGGUCCGUGUGAUCUGCAGUGUACAGAACAAAGUGAUAUUAUGCCAUUUAUUACAAUCUAAGGUCAUGGGCUCAACAUGGUCCAAAGUCUUAGUUUGUAAUAUGAUGUUAAAUUAAGUGGUUAAUAUAAAAAGGAGAACUGUAAUUUAAUGAAUGUUUAAAAUGAAUGUUUCUCAGUGUGUUAUGAAUAGAAUGCGAAUUAGGGGGAUUUUAUUCCUCAAAACACAGGAACAAAGUUGUUGAUCAAAAUUUUGUUGGUUCUGUGAGGCAAUGUUAGAAAAGGGCUUCUGAACUCUGCCGUUGGUUUAUAUGUUUUUGCGCAAUAGACUACUAUUUAUUACAAAUAUGAAAUUGUUCUGAUUCUAGAUAUCUGAUAUCUAGAUCAAUGAAAGUUGAAAAGAUGGUCUCAAACCAGAAAAUGAAAAAUUGUGUACAGAUAUUAAGAUG